AUGACGCGGACCGAACUCCAGCACGCCGAUUCCAUCCAUGAGGAAGACCCUCACAACGAACUUCCAAAGAAACAGAAGAGCAGACGCCCCGCGAACACCGCGUUUCGGCAACAGAGACUGAAGGCAUGGCAGCCUAUUCUGACACCCAAGACCGUCCUGCCACUCUUCUUUGCCGUCGGAAUCAUCUUCGCCCCUCUCGGCGGUCUCCUGCUAUGGGCGAGUGCAAGUGUGCAAGAACUGAGGAUUGAUUACACCGACUGCAUUUCAACCGCAGGGAACGAUUUCACCCAGAUACCCGAAGCCAAAGUCCAUUCGUCCUUCAAAAACUCAAACAACACAGUAAGAGCGCAAUGGAAGCAAGAAACGAGGAGAACGACCCCUCCUUUCAGCGUCCCGAUCGACGACACCGCUGUCUGCACCCUUCAGUUCUCUAUCCCCAACGACAUUGGUCCUCCGGUUUACCUCUACUAUCGCCUAACCAACUUCUAUCAAAAUCACCGGAGAUAUGUUAAAUCGCUCGAUACGGAUCAACUGAAAGGGCAAGCUCUGAGCAACCACACGAUCAGCAACAGCGCCUGCAACCCGCUCAAGUUGAACCAUGAAGGGAAGGCUUACUACCCGUGCGGGCUCAUCGCAAACUCCAUCUUCAAUGACACGCUGAAUUCUCCGAGACUUGUAAAUGCCGCCGGGGGGAAUGCCCCCCCACAAAACUACACCAUGACAAACCGAAACAUCGCUUGGGGCUCCGAUGCCUCGCUUUACAGGAAGACGAAGUACACCAACGAUCAAGUCGCUCCACCUCCCAAUUGGAUCAAACGAUAUCCAAAUUAUACCGAUGAACACCCUAUCCCGGAUUUGUCGCAGUAUGAAGAGUUCCAGGUCUGGAUGAGAACAGCUGGUCUGCCCACGUUCAGCAAAUUGGCCUUGCGCAACGACAAUGAAACCAUGACUGCCGGCAUCUAUCAAAUGGACAUAUAUGACUUCUUCCCAGUCACAGUGUAUGACGGUACCAAGAGCAUCCUGAUAUCCACACGGACGGUGGUCGGCGGCAAGAACUCCUUCUUAGGUAUUGCUUACGUUGCUAUUGGCGGUUUGUGUAUCGUGCUCGGCGCGUUGUUCACUCUCGCACAUUUGAUCAGGCCCAGAAAACUUGGCGACCAUACGUAUCUGUCCUGGAACAACGAUGCUCCGGCUACCGGAAUCCUUGCAACUGGUCGCGAUAUUCAGCCAGGAGGAUCCUGA